AUCAACGACGUUAACGUCAACAAAUAGCCAUUUAGUGAAAGGGUGUUUUAAUAUUUUGUUUUAAUUGAAAUAUAAAUACAAAUAAGUGAAUAAGUAAAUGUGUGAAUCCAAAAUAUAGUGAAAAUGACGAGCAUAUCAUCAUAUAAUAAUGUUACGGUGGUCACAGGAGAAGUGGAGUAUCCAGCGAAUGAUCCAGCAUCAGGAGCCUUCUUCCAGCCGGAUUAUAAGAAGAAUGAUGAUCUGAAAAUGAUGCUGGAUGGAUCUAAAGACUCCUUAAAACUAGAGGCGAUGAAGAGGAUCAUUGGCAUGAUAGCAAAAGGAAGGGAUGCAUCUGACUUGUUUCCAGCAGUAGUGAAGAAUGUAGUAUCGAAGAACAUUGAAGUGAAGAAAUUGGUGUAUGUGUAUCUCGUGAGAUAUGCUGAGGAACAACAGGAUCUGGCACUGUUAUCCAUUAGCACUUUCCAACGGGCACUCAAGGACCCGAAUCAACUGAUCCGCGCUAGCGCCCUUCGGGUGCUGUCGUCCAUCCGAGUCACGAUGAUAGUACCCAUAGUGAUGCUGGCCAUCAGGGACUCGGCCAGCGAUAUGAGCCCAUAUGUGAGGAAAACUGCCGCUCACGCUAUACCGAAACUUUACAGCUUGGACCCCGACCAAAAAGAAGAAUUAGUGUCUAUAAUAGACAAGUUAUUAUCAGACAAGGCGCCCCUUGUCGUCGGCUCGGCUGCAAUGGCCUUUAACGAAGUGUGUGGGGACCGCAUGAGCCUUAUACAUAGGAGCUACAGGAAAUUGUGCUCAUUACUGGCGGACGUGGAUGAGUGGGGACAACUGGCGCUGCUCAAUAUGCUCACGCUGUACGCGAAGACAUGUUUCCCCGACCCCAACACUGAUUCGUAUAACAGCGACAGCGAGACCGAGAAACCGUUCUACGAGUCAUCAAGUGAGCCUGAAGAGGAAGGCGAGGGCGAGGGGGUGCAGAAAUCCAAGUCGCGGACCGCCAGUGUCGACCCUGACCUUCGGCUGCUGCUACGCGCCGCCAAGCCACUGCUGCAGAGCAGGAACUCCGGCGUUGUCAUGGCCGUAGCGCAGCUCAUGUACCACUGCGGACCCGCACAAGAGUUGCCGCCGGUGGCAAAGGCGAUGGUGCGGCUGCUGCGAGCGCCGCCUGAAGUGCAGAGCGUGGUGCUCACCUCCGUUGCUGCGCUCACCGUCUCCAAGCGGUCUCUCUUCGAACCGUUCCUCAAAUCAUUCUUCGUCUUAACUGAUCCGACGCACAUCAACACUCAAAUUGGAGAUCCUAACCAACUUGUACACAGAACACACUCCUGUGGUGCCUUCCAGACCUAUGUACACAUAACACACGCUCGCACUAUCCAGGCGAUUGGCCGGUUGGCUGUGCAGAUACAGUCUGAAACCGAGACCUGCCUCAAUGGAUUACUGCAUUUGUUAUCUAGCAAAGAUGAGUGGGUGGUGUGCGAGGCGGUGGUGGUGGUGAAGCGCGUGGUGGGCGGCGGCGCCAGCUCCGCGCGCGCCGCCGUCGCCCGCGCCGCGCGCCUGCUGCGCGCCGACAGGCUGGCCGGGGCGGCUCGCGCGGCGGCCGUGUGGCUGGUGGCCGAGCACGGCGCCGCGCGGCCCCGGGCUGCCGCCGUGCUGGCGCACCUCGCCGCCGCCUUCGCUGACCAGGAGGAGCUGGUGAAGCUGCAGCUGCUGUCGCUGGCGGUGAAGCUGUGGCUGGCACAGCCGGAGACGGCCGCACUAUGCCGCUACGUGGUGUCCCUAGCUCGUUACGACGCCAGCUACGACGUACGGGACCGCGCCCGUCUACUGCGCCGCUUCCUCAACCCCACGCACGAGGGACAGUUGGCGUCCAAGGCUCACGAGGUCUUCUGCCCGGAGAAACCUAAACCCACCAUCCAAAGUAGCUUCAAAGAGCGGCAGCAGUUCACGGUGGGGUCGCUGUCGAUGUGCACGGGCGCGGCGGCGGCGGGCUACCGGCCGCUGCCCGCGCCGCCGCCGCGCCCCCUGGCGGCCGCGCAGCGCCGGCCCGAGCCGCCCGCCGCCGCCGCCGCCGCCGCCGCCGCCGCCGCCGCCGACACCACGCCGCGCCCGCCCACAGUGAAAGACAAAAGCUUUUAUUCCGAACCGGAGAGCAGUAGCUCGGGCUCUUCAUCGUCAUCAUCUGGCUCUAGCAGCUCUGAAGAGUCUUCUGACGAAGAAGAGAGCGAGAAUGAAGAGAAGAAACCCGAGAAACAGAAGCAAGCCAAUAACUACAGGUCGUCGAGUUCGGGCACAAGCGACAGCGGCAGCGGGAGCGGUAGCGAGUCGUCGGACAGUGAAAGCGGAUCCGAGAGUUCAGCGGAGAGCGAGGACGAUUCCCAUAACAGUAGUCACAAGGAAGAAGAGAAACCGGUGAAGUCGGCUGCAAAAGAACAGCAAAAGAAGAGUGAGAAGUCAAACCUUGAGCUACUGCUGGAACUAGACGAAGUCGCCAGCUCACUGCCGACCAUGACGCCUACAUGCGGGGGCUUCCUGUCCCCACCGUGCGGACCAGUCGCCGCUGAUGAGGACGCGAUCACCCCUGUGGGUCCCGUGUACACGGCGCCGAGUGACGUCCGCGUGGAGCUGGUGCCGCGCGUGGUGUGGGGCGGCCUCAGCGCCAGCCGCCGCUGGCCGCGGACGCCGCACCUGUUCUCGCACCGCAUGUGCGCGCUCGAGGUCACCUUCACCAACCACUCGCACCACGACGUCACCAACAUCAGGCUCAACAAGAAGACGCUGUCGGGGUCGCAGGCGAUGCACGAGUUCGCGCCGGUGGCAGUACUGUCGCCGGCCGCCAGCGCCACCGUCACGCUCGGCGUCGACUUUGCAGACACCAUACAGCCCAUCGACUUCACCCUCGCGUGCUCGCUAGGUGAGGUGCCGGUGUCGCUGAGCCCACCGCUGGGCGAGCUGAUGCGCGCGGUGAGCAUGUCCGAGGCACGCUGGGCCGCCGAGCACAGGAAGCUGCGCGGCAUGACCGAGUGUGAGAAGAAAGCAACAAAGUUAGAAGACGAGCAAGCGAUUUGCAAGCGAGUCUUCGAGACGGCCAACGUCGGCGGUAUCACGACCGCGGGGGACGUGCUCAGGUUUGCAGGAAGAAUGAUAUCAUCACAAGAUCUAGUGUUACUAUCCGUCAAGAUAGAGCCGGACUCUACCAGGGUAAUAGCGAACUGUCAAAACAUGGCCGUCGCUUCGCUGCUCGCCAACGAAAUAGCACAAGCUUUCACUAAGUCCUGAGAAACAAACGGCCAAAGUAAAGCAUAUGUGCGUGCUAAAUGACAAGUCUACUAAGCGGCGUCCAGAAGAAUGUAUUCAAUGAUAAAUGCGAUGUUAUUAAGAUGUUAAAAUUGUAAAUAACAAAUGCUUAUCCCAUAUUUGGGACUUGAUUAGAUUGAUGACUUUAUCCCCUACCUCAGACAGAGCACUUAAAACCAAUACUGGUGUUAUUAAGUCAUUAGUCAUUUUAAAUCUCACUUUUUCUGUUGGUUUUUUGACUCGCAAAAUAUAGGAUAUUUUAAAGCUUAUUUGUCGUGAACACUAUUCACUCCAAAUGUAUAAUUGAUAUUGACCCAACAAACACCCUGACAAUUAUUUUUUAUUCUACCCUCUUUUUCUGAAUUUUGCAAAAUAUUUUCAGUCAAGAGUAAACCUUGUCUUUAUUAACAAUUAAGUUUAAAUUGAAUUAUCAAGAAGACUAUUAUUUGCUUUUGAGAUUCAUAAUUAAAAUAUAUCAUAUUGUAUCGUUUUUUUUUUUAAUUAUUAAAAUAUAUUUAUCAAAAUGAAC